AUGGCCGACACCCGUGUCGUCGGGAACAGCGACACCGCCAUCAGCGAUUUGCAACUCGUCGUCACAGACAUCCACGACACGAAUACCACCAGCGCCAGCAUUGACAACAGCAGUGGCAACAGCGGUAGCGGUAGUGGUGGGCAUGAGGCAAACCAACUGCUGCUGUCGACGGUUGUUGGACAGGCGGAGCAGCGUCUUCCUGUUCGCUCAUAUUGGCAGACACACGACCACCUGUGGUCCUUCCACGACAUCCGCUCUGUCGUCACGUCUGACCUUGCCAUCUUUGGCGAUGGCGAGAAGCCCGUGCCGGCCAUCAGCCUGAAGCUGCGGGAGGACGGACAGUCAAUCAACGUGCUCACUGGCAUGGAUCUCUGGCUGGACAACCUCAUGUGCAACGUCCCAGAGAUUAUGAUGUGCUACCACACGAACGGUGCUGUGUCACGCUACGAGACGAUCACAACAGAGGACCUGCCCGAGAUGAGCGGGUUUGAUCCAGAGGCCGUGGUGGCCAUUGCGCAAUCCAUGAAGACCUUCCUCAACAAGAACUGCACGGAGGAAGGACACACCUACUGGCUGUACAAGGGCGAGGAUGACGACAUUGUGCGGCUGUACGACUUCACCGCCCUCAUUGAGCAAUCGCGGUCCUUGUCCACAGACCCAAACUCAAACGUGACCAACCCGUUUUCGCACUCGGUCGCGCUGCUGCUGUACAAGAUUGCCAUCCGCAUUUUGGAGGACGACCAGCCCCAGACGGACGACGAUGAUGCAACGGUGUGUCGACUCCUGGCCAACGCACGUAACCUGGUGGAGGCAGAGCGGUAUCCGAAGCUUGCAGCCGCCAUCAACCUGCACCUGAGCCAGAUGCCACCGCACGUCCUCGCCCGGCUCAACCUCGCUGAUCAUCGUGGCGAUGGCGAUGGUGGCAGUCGUGAUGGUAGUGAUGGUAGUGAUGGUGGUGGUGAUGACAGUGAUGGAAGACGUGGUGCAGCCCGCACGUCGCAUUCGCCUAGCGCACACAAGCAGCAGCAGGGGCGUAGUCGUGCUGGUGCGAGUGCUUCGUCAUCAUCAACAGCAACACCACCAACAUCAUCAUCAUCACCGCCACCGCGUCGGCCACCCGACACGGGCGCCAUCCCCAUGCCGUCUGAUGCGUACCAUGCACAGCUCGCUGCCUUGGACCUGUUGGAGCCAGCGGUGGAGUGGAUUGCAGACAACCCGCAGGACGGCCACAGCCGGCAGCUGCUGGAGCUGGUGCUCACGCGCGCCGCACACCAUUACGCAACGCUGGCCAAGCUUGCGUUGCAGCGCGGGAAGUUUGGAUCCACCGUCCGCUUUUGUGACCUGUGCCUGCGGUGCCGCACGGGCGCGCGCCGAGCAAGCACGUGGUAUGACGGUGGUGACGGCGGAGGUCAAGGUGCUGAUGGGGAUGGUGAUGACAACGGAAGAGCUGGAGGCGAUGGCAGUAGUGGUGGUAAGCUGGAAGGUGGUGAGGGGGGACUGGAGAGCAAGCGCAGCGGCGAUGCAUCAAGGGCUGGUCGACAACACGUGGACGGCCACCAAUCGCGCACAACCACCACCACCACAACAACAACGACAACGACAACGACAACGACAGCACAUUCGACACAAUCGCCAUCGCGAUCGCGAUCACCACCAACGCCGCCACCAGCAGCGGGCCCCAUCAUUGCCGUCAAGGCGGCAGAGCAGCUGCAGACACACGUGAAGCAAGAAGACGACCUGCUUGGUAAAGUGUUGCCGCUGGCCGCACACGCGCUCCUGGCGCUUGCGGCGCUGCACCACGACGCACCCCAGCACCUUCCCCAGCAGAUGGCAGAGGCAACAUACCGCACACGGCAGGAUGCGGCUCUGGCGCGCUCCAGGGGCACCACCAGCAAUGACAACAGCCGCUGCAGCAGCGCACCGCCGCCACCGUCAACAUCGGCAACACCUCCGCCAACAGCACAAACUGACAAUAAUGACGACGAUGACAACGAUGACGGUGAUGAUGGCGAUAUGGUGAUGAAGGCGAGCGGUUCGAGCGAGGACAAGGUCGGCCGGAAUGGCAGUGGUGUAGGCAACAGUGCUGGUGGUGAUGGCGACACGCGUGAUUGGGGCCAGCAAUUUGGUUCGAUUCCAAGCACUUUUGGGGGAUCGCUGCUCCAGCGCCAGGCCGUUGUGUCGUUUCCUCUUCCCAGCGACAGAGCGGCACUGGCAAAGGCAGCACUCGCUCUCUACGACUUUAUCCACAACGCCUCUCUGAUGGAGGAGCAGACGCUGGUGCGGCAGACAGGCAACGCGCACAACGAGAUGGCCAAAGUGCUGAUGGACCAGCUGUCGGAGAUGCCGGCACUCACUGCCUGGUCUGCCGCGCAAUUUGAAGAGCAGAAGCAAAUGGCGUGUGCGCAUUUCUUCCGCGCGCUGGCGGCGUUUCGCAACCUGCGGGACCGCGUGAACCAGGCCGUCAUCAACUGCAACCUGGCCAAGCUCAUGCGCAUCAGUUACGCGCGCAACCAACUCCACAUGAAUGCGCAGGAAGCACAGCACAAAAAAUACCUUAUACGCUAUAAAACCUCACUUUACACAAAACGCAUUGCCCAGCGUCGCAACAUAGCCUCCGAGCUGGCCCUGGGUGGCACAUAUACGGUGUUUUCUUACCACCGAGGACGUCUCCCACCCUUGCGUCUCGUUUCCUACCCUCUUUCCCGCGGCGCGGCUGCCUCAACAGCACCAGCUUGGAGAAACCACAAGAAGCAGCGCAUGCGCGCUGGUGAGGGAGCCGAUGAAGGUAGCAGUGGUGAGGGUGGAGAGGAUGUGUUUGAUGAAGUGGCGCAGCAGCGGCAGCAGGUGGUGGAGGUGUGCUCUGCCAUCCGCGCGCGACUGCAGGAUCUUCUGGAGGCGUUGGUGGGAGACGGUGGCGGUAAUAAGGCUGGGCGGAGCAGGAACAAGAAGAAGGGCAGGAGAGAAUACAAGGAGAGAGCGCGUGCGCAGCUCAGUGCGUGCACUGCUCUUGCAUCACGCGAGUUCACGUCUCCCGACGACCUGAGGCGCUUGAUGACGCUGUUGCAGCAGUGCCGGCCUCUGCUAUCGUGAUGUCGCCUGCA